UGGGGCCCACACCUACCUGUUAGCUUCAACCGAUUCCAUUCCAUAACCGCUUUGCGAGGGGCGCGGAAAUAAAGUGAGAACAGCGACUGACGCAUUUGCAUUUCCAAGCAACAAACAAAAAAAAGGAAAAACAAUCCACCGAUUUUUGGAUUAAAUCAAAGCAACGAGCGCGUUUUCAUUUUCCGAGUAACCAAACAGCGCCGAGAAAGUGAGAGAAAAUAAAAAGAAAAAGAAACAUAACAACAUUCCCAAUGGGGAUUCCGGAAGCCAUGGAUGCUCUCCGGCAAAGAGCGGCGUUCGUCAAAGACUCGCUCCACAAGAGCCAAACCAUCACCGAUAACAUGGUCACCAUUCUCGGCUCCUUCGAUCACCGCCUCUCCGCCCUCGAAACCGCCAUGCGUCCCACUCAGAUAAAAACGCAUUCGAUUAGAAGUGCGCAUGAUAACAUUGACAAGACUCUCAAAGCAGCAGAUGUGAUUUUGGGGCAAUUCGACCAGACUCGCAAGGCGGAGGCUAAAAUACUACGAGGGCCACAUGAGGAUCUAGAGAGCUAUUUAGAAGCCAUUGAUCAGCUUAGAGCUAAUGUCCGUUUCUUUAGCAGCAAAAAGAGUUUCAAAAGUAGUGAUGGUAUUAUCAACCAUGCAAACAACUUGCUUGCUAAGGCUAUCUCAAAGCUGGAAGAUGAGUUCAGACAUCUUUUGACAAAUUACAGCAAGCCUGUGGAACCUGACCGCCUUUUUGACUGCUUACCGAACUCUCUAAGGCCGUCAGCUACCGGGCAGCAGAGUGAUGGAGGUGGUAAAACCCAUUCUGACAAAAAGGACCUCCAAGCUGUCACUUUCACACUUCCAACCCUCAUUCCACCUCGAGUUAUUCCAUUGCUACAUGAUUUAGCACAACAAAUGGUUCAAGCUGGCCAUCAACAACAGCUCUUUCGAAUCUAUAGAGACACGCGUGCUGCAAGCCUGGAACAGAGUCUUAGGAAAUUAGGAGUAGAGCGGCUGAGUAAGGAGGAUGUUCAAAAAAUGCAAUGGGAGGUUUUGGAGGCUAAGAUUGGGAACUGGAUUCAUUACAUGAGGAUAGCUGUCAAAUUGUUGUUUUCGGGGGAAAAGAAAAUCUGUGAUCAAAUACUUGAUGGUGUUGAUCCUUUGAGAACUCAAUGUUUUGCUGAAGUCACUGCUAGCAGUGUGGCUAUGCUUCUUAGUUUUGGAGAAGCUAUUGCCAAAAGCAAGCGAUCACCUGAAAAAUUAUUUGUUCUUCUGGACAUGUAUGAGAUAAUGAGAGAACUUCAACCAGAGAUUGAAAUACUGUUUGAUGGUAAAGCUUGCAUUGAAAUGCGGGAAACUGCAACGAGUUUGACCAAGCGACUUGCUCAGACAGCCCAAGAAACUUUUGGCGACUUUGAAGAAGCAGUUGAAAAAGAUGCUACUAAAACUGCUGUGCUAGAUGGAACUGUCCACCCUCUAACUAGCUAUGUGAUAAAUUAUGUGAAGUUUCUCUAUGAUUAUCAGACAACUUUGAAACUACUUUUUCAAGAGUUUGAUCCAAGUGAUCCAGAAGCUCAGUUAGCAUCUGUUACAACAAGGAUUAUGCAGGCUCUCCAGAAUAACCUUGAUGGAAAAUCAAAACAAUAUAAAGACCCAGCAUUAACCCAGUUGUUUCUUAUGAACAAUAUCCAUUACAUAGUGAGAUCUGUGAGAAGGUCAGAGGCAAAGGACAUGCUGGGAGAUGAUUGGGUACAAAUACACAGAAGAAUUGUGCAACAACAUGCAAAUCAGUAUAAAAGGAUCUCUUGGGCGAAGAUUUUGCAAUGCCUCACUGUCCAAGGAGCUUCAUCCGGAGGGGACAGCAACAGUGGAGUUUCAAGAGCAAUGAUUAAAGAUAGGUUCAAGACCUUCAACGUUCAAAUUGAGGAGCUUCAUCAGAGACAAUCUCAAUGGACAGUUCCUGAUAGUGAGUUGCGUGAAUCACUUAGGCUGGCUGUUGCUGAGGUUCUGUUGCCUGCUUAUAGAUCUUUCCUUAAACGUUUUGGGCCUAUGAUUGAGAAUGGGAAAAAUCCUCAGAAGUACAUCAGAUACUCUCCCGAGAAUCUUGAGCAAAUGCUCGGUGAAUUUUUUGAGAGCAAGACAUGGAAUGAACAGAAGCGGUGAACAGUUUCUUAGAUCACUUUCCUUUGUGUUUUGGAAAUUUAGGUACUCUUCAAUGAUUGGUUCAUAAUGUAGUAGCUCAUGUGUGUAUACCAAUUUCUUUUUUCCUCUCCCAUCACCUUUUAAUCCUUCUUACACCCAAUUGGGAAAUUCGCAUUGAAGUGUUCAACAGUGGCUUCUUUUUCGUGCACUUGAUCUGCGAUACAGUGCAAUAUUUUGUCUAUAUGCUAAUGCCGCAAAUGAAAUUAGCCUUUUGUAAUGAUAUCAUUCCUUCUUUUUUUACACACAUCUUGGGGGAAUGUGAUAAAAAAAGGUUACUCAUUUUGUUA